AUGGAUCAGAUCUACAGUAAAGUCAUUAAAAUCUACUGGAAAAACCCCAGUUAUCCCCACGUUAAAGUUAACACUUAUGGAAGUUUUACAGCCCACAUAGUAGGAAUUGGAGGGGUAUUCAGAGAUUACAAAGGCAGAUGCAUAAUGUUCUUCAAAGCUCCAAUUAUUAUUGAAGAUGCCUUGGAAGCUGAGAAAGCUGCUCUUUACUGGGCCAUCAAAAUGGCAGUCAUAAACAGAUGGACACAAAUUCAAGCUGAGGUUGAUUCCUCUAUGCUAAUUGAGUAUAUGACAGGUAUUGUUGUACCUCCAUGGCAUAUCCAACAGCGGAUUAUUAAGAUAAAACAUCUCACCAAGGAGAUCCAAAUCAAUUACUGUUUUACCUAUAGGGAGGGAAACAAACCAGCUAACUACCUAGCUAUUGAAGGUGUUGAAUCCCAAAGGCAAACUGUUGCUACUAAUCCUACACAGAUACUGGCUGACAUGUUAAAGGGUGACAAAUUACAAAUACCUUACCUCAGCAUUACUAAGAGCUAG